AGAGAAAGACAUCAAAAAGGUUAGCAUGAAUAUUGCACACCACCAUGCAGGGACUUUGUUUUGAAAUAUUUAAGGAGGGGGAAAGCUCUGAGAAAGCAGUCCACAAACUACUCUUUCAGAGUCUGCUUCUCUUUGAGGGGGUUCUUUCUCCCCACAGUCCCCAGGUGCUACAUUAUAAAGCAUCUUAAUUAAAAAGAAAAAGCCAAAAUAAACCCAAAGAACAGCUGAGGCCAGAAAAGAAGGUCAUAGUAGAGGAGAGGGUGAGUUUUCCUCUUGUGUCAUCACAGUGUUAAACAUUUGAGAGGAUCACAAUAAUCAGACACACUAACCUGCUGUUGUGAGCUGAUGUGUUGUAAAUAAAAGUGAAAGGAAUCAAUGAAUGCCUACGUUAAAUUCCAUGGCACAUUUAAAAUGAGUAAAAUGGGAACAUUUUCCACAUUAGGAUUAUCCUCUGGGGACCACGAACAGCGAUACGACAAUCUGGCCGCCAGUUGUUCAGAGCUUUUGCUGUAGAACAAACAGUUAGGCAGAUGGUCUCGCCAACUGAAGCACAUUUCAGCUCCAGUGUCAGAUAUUCAAGAUACUCUGACAUAGACCAAAGUGCUGCCCAAAGGGGAAAUAACGAUCAAUAACACUAUGAUGUCUCCACAUUAACUCGCUGGCAUGGAAAACAAAAUCAAAGCAGCCAAAUUUGCUAACAUAUAAAGAUUGAUUUGUCUGCACUGUGCACUUUUCCCUUACAUACACCACAGAUUUUUAGCCCUCCCUCUCUCCUGUCAGCAGUGAGGUGAAGCUUUAAUCCAGCAGCAGCGGCGAGGAGGACACACCGAUCUCUGCUUCAGUACUGAGGUUCGAAAUCUCCACAGCAGCAGGCAGCAUCAGAGCGCUGACACAAGAAAAGAUUUUUAAGUGAGUGAUGAGCAACAGCAGCAGCAUCACGGGAUAAUCUGAGCAAACACCAACAUGUGCUGGCACAGGUCUCCCGCUCAGUUUUACAUCGCAAGCAUCAGACAGCUGCAGUAACUGAGGAUGCACUUCAUUCCUGCCGACUCCAUCUUCUCACAAUGGUAAUUGCAAUCUACAACAUCUCCUCCACCUCAGCCAGGGUGAGCUGGCCGUCCUCCCCCACCUGCAUUGACACCUUCUACAGCGUCAUGUACGACCCCAACUGGAACAGCCUGUUCAUGGGCUACAAGCGCAAAAGCUUCAUGUAUGAGGAUCGUAUCCCUGUCAGUCAGACCAGCACACACCUGGCCAAUCUCCUCCCCCAGACUGCCUACUUCUUGUGUGUGACGUGUCAGGCUGCCAAUCCGGUGCGGGAACAAUGCCAAGUGUUCAGCACUCUGAGCGACAGCAGCGAAGGUCACGACAGAGCCGGCUGGGAGCUGGCCAUGGCCGUCUGGCUCAUCUGCUGCAUCUUGCUCCUCGUCAUCGCCAGCAUCCUGUUGUGGAGCUGUCUUAACACCAUCUGUAUCCUCCCCGGCCGGGCUGCGGCCGGACACCCGGUGGUGACCAACUCAACCUGCCGAGACAUGUCCACAUCUGGAGCCCUCUACACUCCGAGAAGCAGCAGCCAGGACAGCAUCAAACUCUCCAACAUCAUGCAACCGCCCCACCUCUCAGCGCAGCCUACGGGUCACAUAAUUACCCAAGACCACGAGUUGAGGACACUGGCUAAGCUGUCCGGCAGCGAGCCAACAUGAAUCAACUGGAUUAAGGUCAUCACAGCAUUGUUCAGAUUCAAUUGUCACCAAGUAUUUCAUCCACUCACAAAAUCCUAUUUGUGUGUUUUUCCUCAGAGGAAACAUUUCAAACAUAUUACUGCACCUUUUCACCACACACGCACACACACCAUUUCAAAUAAAAAGAUUUAUGCUUUUUAAGACCUAAAAAAAUUACAAUAGCAAAAAUCAAAUAUCAUUAAUAUGGCACUCAUCAUUUUUUUUGGCACUGAGAAAAAUUUCUCUAUGUAGAAAAAAAUCUGUCAUCUAACGCAUCCCUUGCGUGUGUAUAGAACAGGCUCAGACAGAAACACUUUGUACAAAUGCUGUCUGUUUAAUCAAAGCUUCACUAUCCACCAAAACAUUAAAAAUAAAUAAAAUAAUUUUACUCAUAACUCUGUAGAUCAUUCUUUUAUAUUUAUGUCAUUUAUUUAUGUCCAUAAAUAAAUCAAAAAUAUAUUUUUUUAAUUAAUUUUUUAACCUCUCCUACAGUGAAAUUACAAAACCCUCUCAAGCCAUAUUUGUUCUCCCAAAGUAAAAACAACAACUACGUUUGGACAUGUCUGGGAAUGAUUUAGAUUUAUCCAAGUAUUAUUUACAUUAAUUUGAUUGAAUAUCAAAGUAUUCUGCAGUCCAAUGAAAAAAGACAGAAAAGUAAGCGCCAUCCCUGAAAAUCCUUGAUGUGUGAUUUAUAAAGAUGAUAUGAAAAAGUGGAUUUGAAUUCUCUUGGGGGAAAACCCCAAAAAACAUUAGUAGCCGAAGAGUGUUCAGCCUCUAUCAUAGUCAGAUCCGCCCGUCUCUCUUCACGUCUGGUUUCAAGAAGCGAUGGUGAGAACGGUCAGCUUGAUGCUUCAUAACAGGACUUCACCGACCACUGAGUGACACCACAGCGGCCAUGUCCAUCUUUUAUAUACAGUUUCUGGUCUUAUUUUUAGACACAGGAACACACAGACAUCAACAUCAUGAGUGUGAGGACUGAAACAGUCUGACAGCAUCAUAGCUACACUAUCAGGUUAGCGCCCCCAGCGUGUUGGUCCACAUAACUACACGUCAAACAGAAGAACGUGUGAUCGAUUCAUGUGCUGCAUGGAGUUUGGAGGUGGUGUUUUCACAUUUAGUGAAAUUAAAGGCAUUAAUUUCCUCUGAGGGGACGUCUGAGCAUGUGCAUACACACUUCCCAAAGUGAUGCUUUCACCCUUGUAUUCUGUGGAUACAGUUUAACAGCUGAAUAUCUGUUUCAUCCAAUCAGAUGAUGAAAAACUAAAAGAGUCCACCCCUGUAAUAUGAGGAGAUAAAGUGUGGGAGCUCUGCUUUCUUCAGGAGUGACAACAGAAAAGUGU